AUGCAUCCAGCAGCGCUCACACACUUGCCGGACGUGCUGCCUGUGCGACUGCCCAACUUGGACUUGGACGAUCUCGUCUCCACGUCGUCGGACGAACUCUCGCCCUUUAUCGCAAACGGCGUGAAAGAUCCCGCGCCGGCAGCCAUGCACCACCGACGUCGACGGAACCGCGCGCUUGAGCUCGAGCUCAUGAUCACGGCCCUUCAGUCGCAGCUGACGGAGCUCCAGCACCGCCACGGCAAGGUUCGACGUCCAUCCGACAAUGCCUGGUACGCCCAGGCAAAAGCCGAAGGCAUGGCGCUCCAGCGGGCGAGGCGCGAGAACGCGCAGCUUCUCGACGCUCUCAACGAACACAUGCGACUGCGACGGCUUCUCCAGCGCCAUCUCCUUGGACGAACGUCCAGUAGAUAG